GGAUAUUUCCAGUCUCGUGUGCUAAAUAUGUGUUGUGGAUAUAAAGUGUCCUYACAGCCUGGCUAUAAAAAUUAAUAAAUAGGCGUAGUGCAGUUCAGCGGCGAUCAGUCGCUUUGAUACGUCAGAAGCCGCACAACUUUAAGAGCACAACACUUUGAAGGAUUGCUGAGAGAUGACACCUUCCAGAUUGCUGAAGUGCUUCGCGCUCAUACUUYUACUGGGAUUAGGAAGUGCGCACGCGGUGCCACUAGAUUCAGUGGCGAAUGCGCCGACUCCACAAGUUGAAGUCGUCGAUACAAAUGUAGCCGAAGCKCCAAACCCUGGGGAUGGGCAUGAAACGCCCGCAAAUGAGACUGAACUUAAGGCUGCUGCCAGCGAACAAAAACCACAAACUCUUCCGGCGUCGAAUUCAGGCAGCACGAAUGGCGAUGCAGCAACCCCGAUGUACGCCGGCUUUCUUACACCCGAGGCCAUUCAGCAGUAUAUUAGUCAAUUUGGUGCGGCCUAUCCCGGUUAUGCCGCCUAUCCGGCGCCCAUCGGCUAUGCGGCUGCUGCGCCUCCACCACCACCACCUGGCACCGGCCCCAUCUAUCCGGGUCCAUAUGUCGUGCAAACUGGCUAUGAAGGCUAUUUAGUGCCUACGGCUGAUCCAGCUGCAGAAGCUGCAAAUAAUAGCAACAGCAACUCACUUCUAAGUCCUUUCACCUAUUUGACGAACCUCUUCUCGGUGAUGAUGAUGUCGGCCUUGUUUCGCGUCGUUGCCACUGUUCUCGGUGCGAUCGGCAUGAUAUUCUUUGGCGGCGCCCUGUCCAGACUUGUCUGCAGCUUCACACCGCUUUGUAACGUCACCACUACAGCUGUGGAGUAUUUGAAGAGCGACAAUGCGGAACGUGUGGGACGCAUGAUAGCCGAGGGCAUGACACCGGAACGUGUGCGACGCGCUACGGUAUUUGUUCAGAACGCAAUACGCAAAUAUCACGAACUGCAGAAGCUUGUGGGAAGUGAUGAGAAGGAUGACUAAGGCGCAACAUGACUUUUGAUGAGKGUCUAAGGAGAGAUUUUUUUUAUUUCAA